AUGCUAAAGUGGGUCAUUUUGAUGAUAAUUCUUCAAACUGUAAAGCUCAUUUAUAAACAGAAGUACAAAGGGUGCUUGCAUUUUGGAAAUGCAAAUAUAUUAUGGAGGGUAAGGCCUAAAUCAGCCAAACGAUAGCAUGGAGUGUAUAGGAAUCUUUUGUGUGUAAUUCACUUCAUGUUUUCCUUUUAACUGCAGGUUAUUUAUUUGCAAUGUACUAACAUAGAAGGGUACAGCAGUUUGGCGUGUUUUCUGUUUGUUACGGGACUAGGUGACACCCCUUGUAACAUUCCAAGCCUCCUACGUUUUAUUUAAUACAUUGCAGUAUGCUGGAAAGGCUCAGUUUCUGAUAGGGGAAUACCAAAUUACUAGCCCUCAUUUAUAAAUCACUAUAAACAAUAACAAUGAAGGAAAUAUGCACGGGGCCCUUUACAAGGGCAUUUGUAGCAGAAUUCCUGGGGACUCUGGUUUUUGUCUUUUUUGGCUUAUGCUCUGCAAUGCAGUGGGCUCCUGAACUCCCAAGUGUCCUGCAGAUUUCCCUUACCUUUGGCCUGGGUGUAGGCACUAUUGUACAAGCAGUAGGGCACAUCAGCGGUGCUCACCUCAACCCAGCAGUAACCAUUGCAUUCCUGGUUGCUUCGCAAAUAUCUCUUUUCCGUGCUCUCUGCUACAUCUGUGCCCAGCUGUUAGGAGCUGUGGUAGGAGCUGCCCUACUGCAUGAGUUCACGCCCGAAAGUGUUCAUGGCAAUUUUGGUGUCAAUUUGCUGAGCAACAAUACAACUGAAGGACAAGCUGUCACUGUUGAGAUGAUCCUAACACUGCAGCUUAUUCUCUGUGUUUUUGCAUCGACUGACAGCAACAGGUGUGACAAUGUUGGAUCCCCAUCUAUUUCUAUUGGCCUGUCUGUUGCAGUGGGGCAUCUGGUUGGGAUUUACUUUACUGGCUGCUCCAUGAAUCCAGCUCGAUCCUUUGGGCCCGCACUGAUUGCAGGAAAUUUUGAUGCACACUGGAUCUUCUGGAUUGGACCUUUUACAGGAGCCAUCAUAGCAUCUCUGCUCUAUAACUACGUACUCUGUCCUCAGCAGCAGAGCUUCUCUGAAAAAUUAUCCAUCCUUUUGGGCCGAAUGCCAGACAAGGAGGAGGAAGAGUGGGAAGAAAGGCAAGAGCAGCCAAGCAGAAGAAAAUCUAUGGAACUGCAAACCUUGUAACGUGAAUGAUCAGCUCAUGCAAUAGCCAUCAUCCACUUUGCAAUGAAAGAUUUAUAAAAUUAAUGAAAACAAUCUGUUUGCAUGCCAUGCAAUUCUCACUAUGCUUACAUGAUAUUAAUGUAGUAUACUAAGCUUUAUCUUGUUUUAUGUUUGAUCAAGGCCUUGCGAACAUGCAACAUAACUGGAAUCAUUCUAGCUGCAGUCAUUAAAAGCUGAAGUUGUAUUUU